AGCCGGCCCGCCCCUUCGAACCCAGCAGCUUGCGCGGACUGAGGCGCCGUCGCGGCGCCCCUGCAGGCCCGGGGCGUGCAGCUAGCGAGUGUGAACCCGCCUCGCCGCCGGGGGUGCGAGAACAGCCGCUCCGAGGCCCCUGGCGCCCGCCUGGCCAGCUGGGGCGAGUCGGCAGGGGGACGGGCGUCUGCGUCCCCGCCUGCCCGGCCGCCCCGACCACGGGCCGGCGAGCCCCGCUGUCCCGCGCGGCCCUGGAGGCGGGGGAGGGUUGGCCCCUAAACCCGUCCGUCCUGCCCAACCGCCCGGGCGGCUUCCCGCAGCCCUUGGGGCCGUCCUGAACGGCCUGGAGAGGCGUCGAGCGCAGCCCCGGCUCCCGCCGCGCCCCUGGAAGGGAGCGUUCGGCCCAUGCGGACCCCGGGCGCCCCGGACGCAUAGGGCGGGCAGCUCCGGGGGGCCCCCCCGGGAAGCCACGGGGACCGUCCGGCGCGCGCGCGCCCUUGGAUGAGGUCCCGCAGCGACGCCCCGGCCCGCCCCGCUCCUCCUCCUCCUCCUCCUGCCCAGCCAGGCUGCUGCCUCCCUUUUGGGGAGUUUUGUGGGUUUUCUCUCCUCCUCCGUCCACCCUCCGCGGAGGCCUCCAUGGUGCGGGGCCGCGACUACUGAAGUCAGCGAGACCCAGCCUGGCCCGGAGCCCGGCGCCCGGAGGCCAAGGCUAUGGCGAUAGCCACGUCGGCCCAGCUGGCUCGGGCCCUCUACGACAACACGGCCGAGUCCCCCCAGGAGCUGUCCUUCCGCCGAGGGGACGUUCUGCGGGUGCUGCAGAGGGAGGGUGCUGGCGGGCUGGACGGCUGGUGCCUCUGCUCCCUGCACGGCCAGCAGGGCAUUGUGCCCGCCAAUCGAGUGAAGCUCCUGCCUGCUGGCCCCGAGCCCCCACCCGGCACCUCCCAGGGGCCCUCGGCCCCCACCAACUCAGCAGAUCCAGUGCCCCAGCCCAGCCCUGAAGACCAGGAGGUAUAUGUGGUACCACCUCCAGCUCGGCCCUGUCUUACCUCAGGACCUCCUGCUGGACCCUGCCCGCCCUCCCCGGACCCCAUCUACAAGGUCCCCAGAGGCAGGGGCACCCCUGGAAAUGCCUCGGAGGUCUACGAUGUGCCACCCGCCCCCCUCCGAGUCCCCCCCAAUGACCCCUACGACUCUCCCGCCUCCUUUUCCCGCCCUGCGGCCCCGCAGCACCCCGGAGAGGACGAAGCUCCCUAUGACGUGCCUCUGACCCCCAAGCCCCCUUCAGAGACCGAGCCAGAACUGGAGUGUGAGGGGGACCGGGAACCCGAGCCCCCGCUCUACGCGGCUCCUUCUAAUCUGAAACGGGCGUCAGCCCUGCUCAAUCUGUAUGAAGCCCCCGAGGAGCUGCUGGACAGUGUGGACGAUGGGGCUACCGACGAGGCCAUCUACGAUGUGCCCCUGCUGGGGCCCGAGGCGCCGCCUUCCCCGGAACCGCCGGGGGCCUCAGCCUCCCAGGAACUGGACACCCUGGCUCUGCUUCUGGCCAAGAGCCCCCCGCUGCCACACAGGCCCCGGCUGCCCUCAGCCGAGAGCCUGUCCCGCCGCCCGCUGCCCGCCCUGCCCGUCCCAGAGGCCGCCAGCCCGUCCCCAGCCCCCUCUCCUGCUCCAGGCCGGAAAGGUAGCAUCCAGGACAGGCCUCUGCCCCCGCCCCCUCCCCGCCUGCCUGGCUACGGGGGCCCCAAGGCCGAGGGUGACCCCGAAGGCGGGGAAGUGGAGGAGGACCCCGCUGGCCACCAUAAUGAGUACGAGGGCAUCCCCAUGGCCGAGGAGUAUGACUAUGUCCACCUGAAGGGCGUGGACAAAGUGCAGGGGUCCAAACCCCUGGACAAGGCCUUCCCAGAUGACGCUGAGCCGCCUGAGAGGAGACUGCCGGAGCAGCGGGAGCCCCAGUCCCCAGGAGAGCCACUGGCCCUGGCCACCGGAGACCUCCAGCUCCUGCACUUCUAUGCUGGCCAAUGCCAGAGCCACUACGCGGCGCUGCAGGUGGCUGUGGCUGCCCUGUUGGCCAGCACCAGGGCCAACCAGCCCCCACGCCUCUUUGUACCCCACGGCAAGCGGGUGGUGGUGGCCGCCCACCGCCUGGUGUUUGUGGGGGACACCCUCGGCCGGCUGGCAGCUUCGGCCCCUCUUCGUGCCCAAGUUGGGGCAGCAGGGACAGCCCUGGGCCAGGCCCUGCGGGCCACUGUGCUGGCAGUCAAGGGUGCCGCCCUGGGCUACCCCUCUGGGCCCGCGGCCCAGGAGAUGGCACAGUGCGUGGCAGAGCUGGCAGGGCGGGCCCUGCACUUCACCACCCUGCUGGCCAGCCUGGCCCCCUGAAGUGCCUGCUUGGCCCCUCCCCUGUCUGCCAGAGCUGCCGGCCAGGCCCUGGUGGCACACAGCUCCGCUCAGGGACUGAGGGCCGGUGGCCUCUCUCCUCCUUCCAGCCCCCACCCACCGCCCCCCCACAAUCAUCUCAGCCUCUCCCAAGCAUCUCCUACCCCGCAGCUUUUUAUACGAGCCAUUUUGUAUAAAUUAUUUAUAUUUAAUAUUAUUCCCUGCUUUGUCAGGGGCAGGCCCUCUGGAGCAGGGAGGAGCUGGGCCCUCCCCUCGGGGGGUGCAGGGUUUCUGGGUCACCAGCUGGAUGCCUUCCUCAGGAUGUGGCCCCACUGAAAAUCCAGUGGCU